AUGUACAAAGUCAUCAACAUGGGCCUUCACUACAUCCUCCAACACCUCAACAACCCAAGGACAUACACAAGGAUAUUGUUUGUGGACUUUAGCUCAGCCUUCAACAUAAUCAUUCCGGACCUGCUACAGSACAAACUCACCGAGCUGAAUAUUGAUAGCUCAACCAUCAGCAUGGCCAAGUCAUUCAAAUUCCUGGGGACCAYCAUCUCCCACAACCUCAAGUGGGAGGACAACAUCACAGUGUCUGGUUWGGGUCUGCAUCUGCCUGUUGUAUGGGUAAACUGCAGCGCAUCGUCCGGUCACCUGCCCCCGGAAGUGUGCAGAUACCCUGCUACCCCCAAAAUGAUUAUCUUCAGGCAUAGAAAAGGCCGUCUUAUCACCGUUCUACUCAUCACUAUCUUUGUGUUACAUACUGGACAGCUAUUCUCCAAGUCACUUGUUGAUUCGGCAAAAAUUGCCCUUCGGCUGCUGGGCAGGAAAAUCUUUCCAAGUCAUUGUGCAUGUAUCAAAUGUAUGACUCAGCCGGAUGAUGACCUCUGGUUUCAGAAGCGCUUCAUCAGGUCUAUCAAACCAUUUCUGACCAGAGAGAACAAGAAACUUAAUGAAGAUACCAGAGCAUGGUGGCAGACAUUGCAGAAUGACAGUAGCACAGCCACCUUCGGAGAGGUGGUGGAGCACUUGUUCCAGGUCAUCCCUGGUGAUGACCUCUACAUGGAUGCGGGCCCUGAGCGCUGUAGGACCUGUGCUGUGGUGGGGAACUCUGGGAACCUCAAGGGCUCCCACUACGGAGCCCUCAUCGACUCCAAUGAUGUCAUCAUAAGAAUGAACAAGGCUCCUACCUCUGGCUAUGAGGAGGAUGUAGGAAGCCGGACCACCCAUAAAGUCAUGUACCCAGAGAGUGCUAUAGAUCUGGACAACACCACCAGGUUCCUGCUGAUCCCUUUCAAGACUCUGGACCUUCAGUGGCUACCCGGCGCCAUCACCAAUGGAUCUAACAGCCUUUACUCAUAUUUACCUCUUAGACCAAAGAUAAAGGCCAACAAAGAUUUGGUCUUGGUUCUUAAUCCUGCAUUUAUGAAAUAUGUUCAUGAAGUCUGGCUUGACUAUCGAGGCAAAUACCCCUCCACUGGAUUCAUGGCUUUAAUAUUAGCCAUACACAUUUGUGACCAGGUGAAUGUGUAUGGAUUYGGAAAAGACAAAGAUGGCCACUGGCACCACUACUGGGAAGCACUAACCAAUAAAUGGCUCAAAACUGGAAUACAUGAUGGAAACUAUGAGUGCAAGGUCAUCAUGAAGCUCUCGGAAAAAUUCAAACUACAGAUAUAUUAA